AUGCUCUUCCACUGUACUGGUCUCUGGGCCUUCUUCCUCAGGUCCUGCCAGCUGGUGCUGAUGCUCCUCAUCUCCUCCUCCGUGCCUUCUCCAGCUGUUCUUGGGUCUACCCCUCUUCCUCUUACCCUGUGGAUUCCAGCCCAGUCCUGUGGUGGUACCCUGACCAACUCCACAGGGUUUAUCGAGAGCCCAGCUUACCCGUCCAGGAUCUACCCUGGUAUCCGCUGUUUAUGGAACAUACGGGCACCAUGGAGGAAUGUCAUUGCAAUGACUAUCCUAGACCUGGACACCAGCACCACAGAUGAGCUGAUAUUCCAUGAUGUCAACUGGCACCACAUUUGUGGUGGGGGAUGUGAAUGGAGAAUUUAUCAAGGAAGCUUGGGUAGAGAAGGUCUGGAAACCAACCACACUCACUGGAGCGCUCUGAAUGAGUUUGAAAUCCUGUUUAAAACAUACCAGUAUGCAAGGGGCCGCGGUUUUCAGGUUUACUACAGAUUUGUGUCCUCGGAUACUUGCAAGGAUCCAGGCAGUCCCGUGAACGGACAUCUCGUUCCAGACUUCAUUUUCAACGGCACGUACCCCGCGGGAGAAACAGUUCACUACGCCUGCGACGACGGUUAUCACCCGUACGAGAGGGCUCACGUCAGUCUGCUGUGUCAGUCCCAUUCGGACGGCACCAGGGCAUGGUGGGACCCUUACCAGGAUCCAAGGGCACUCUGCAGGGCGGACUGUGGCGGCAACCUGACGAGACCCACCGGCGUCAUCACCAGUCCUGGCCGGUACCCGGACUACUUCGAGAUCCCGGCAGACUGUAGCUGGAACAUCCAGGCUCCUCCGGGCUACACCGUGCUUCUGGAGUUUGAGACUAUCCAGCUCCACGCAUACUUCGAUGACGACUUUCUGCAGGUUGGAGAGGGAGAUGUGGUAACGUACAGUUGGACAGGCUCCCAGACGACUGCGUACCCCGCCCACCCUGAUCCCAUCACCACCUUCUCCAACGACGUUUCCGUCAUCUUGCGCACGUACUGGUCCUCCCUGUACGGCCCGGCCAACCUCACGUCCAACAACGCAGGCUUCCGCAUGCACUACAGAUUCAUCCCUGCAGGCACUCCUCUAGCUGGGGAGUGUGUCGACCCAGGCACGCCACAACACGCUAAACGGCUUCCUGAGACGGGUCCCUACAAGAUCGGAGACACUUUGGAAUUCCGUUGCGAGGAUGGAUUUGAAGUUGUGGGAAGUACGUACAUAACCUGUAUGGAGGCAGAGGGGCCUGUUAUGGAAGGAGUUCUACUGGCUGAGUGGAACUCUACAAUACCCACAUGUGAAGCCAAGUGUACAAGCGACAUUCCUCAGCAGGAGGGCUAUGGGUCUAUCAAGUCUCCGAACUGGCCUGACCAGGACAGGCGGUUCUGGACAGGAACAACAGGGAUCUGGGGAUGUCGCUGGACCAUCACCGCUGCCAAGGGGAACAACAUCAGCCUGUACUUUAACCACACCUACUUCUGGACAUGGCCACAGUACGAGUACAUCAAGGUCAUGCAAGGUGGCACAGAACUUCUACGACUGACCAAAACUAAUUGGCGCCCGAGUAACAACCCAUUCAUCGUGAAUGCUACGAGCGGCAGCAACACUGUAGCUGAAAUAGUGUACUACGGAGAGUACAUUCGCGGAAGCACUCUGAACCUCUACUAUUCCACUGGAUACUGUAGAGACCCUGGAUCACCGGUACAUGGGCAGCGACAAGGCGACAGUUUCCAGCCUGGAGACACUGUCUCAUUUUCCUGUGACGUUGGGUACUACUUGGUCGGGGCAGCUACACUGACAUGUGUGCCUGGAAGCGUGUAUGUGUAUCAGUGGGACAACAAUGUACCAAUGUGUAAAUAUGAGCACAGCUUACCUUGCCCCACCCCACAAGCACCAACCUUUGGCCACCAUAGUAACACAGACAGUGCAGUUGGCAGUACGGUGAGGUUCUGGUGUGAUGCUGGCUACCACAUCAGGGGUUCAGCUGCCAGGACAUGUGGGACAAACCAACAGUGGACGGGGGUCCAGCCUGAAUGUGUCUUGAGUCCUUGCCAGGACAUCCCGCCAGCCCCUCUGCAUGGUCAGAUGUUCCCUAUGGACGUCCCAGGCACCGGCCUCUUUGCCGUCACUGCCUGUGACGUGGGCUACUUCAUCGCGAGAGGCUCUGAAGCACGAGUCUGUAACGUCUCUGAUGGAGAGGGAAGGUGGGGCGGUGAACCAGCAGUGUGUCAACCUGUAGAAUGUGGGAAGCCAGGAAUACCAGAGAAUGGAAACUUCACUGCACCGGAGUUCACAUACCAAAACAACGUCACGUAUUACUGUGACAUCGGCUACGAGUUACUGGGAGAAGACAGCAGGACAUGUCGUGCUAAUGGCACUUGGACCAACGAAGUGCCUAUAUGCAGAAGAAAUACCUAG